GCAAGCUAGGCUACAGUUUCUGCAGACCGGGUCAGUCCUGCAGACCGGGUCAGUCCUACCAGGUAAUUAACUUAACAACAGUCCCUCUAGACCUUUGGGAAUUAAGAUAUAGCAGCAGAUCACAAACUAGUGUGGGUAGUAUAAUUCGUGAAAUAAAACUCAUACAACCCCACUUCAAAUAUGAUGAAUAAUCCUUUUAAGAAGCAGAACCCAGGCUUGUCUCCUUGCCAUAUAACUGAAAAACAACUGUCCGUCACUUUUUAAGUUUUUAAACACGUAGUUGGCAGCAGAGUUCGGUGAUUUCCCAAUCGCCCGUAGCAGUAAGAAGCCUUUUUUUUUACCUCCAGGGGGGCAUUCAAUGAGUGUGUGACAUUACGUGAAAACUAUGAAUAGGCCAUUACAAGUUGUGGGAGUCCAGCGCUUCAACACAGUUUGCUCCAAGAGAGGCAUGUUUAGCCAUACUAUUGUGCACAGAUUGCCUAACUAGCCUGAGUAAGGGCACUUAUCUCUAACCAUAGAUGUGGAAACUCAUCUUCUGCUUAAUACCACUUCCUGUUUGUGAGACAUCUCUUUCUUACAUGGUGUCAUAUCUGAAUCAUUUUUGACUUCCUUAGGAGAUGAGAGAGAAAUUGAGGAACCUGGUGGACGUAAUAUCUUAAAGUGAUCACUGUAGACGGGGAAGAAGCAGAGAAACAUCAGACACUUGAGCAGGGACUUCAUUCAGGCAAUGAACAGCUGAGACAUGAAGAGAGCUUUGUCUCCCUGCAGAUUACACUGAAGAAUGGAACCAGGCUUGGAUUGGAUCCUCACAAGAUUGUCCCAGCAUGACAGAGUUAUGUAUUUAAUAUUGUAUGUUGUGACAUGCAUAGUCAUCAGUAUCGGCCUUCCUCUGAUGAUCGUGACCAUCUAUGCUCUUCUCUACCUGGUACGCAAGGGUCAAGUUGCUCCGAUAUACGUCAUCAACCUUCUCAUUUCAGACAUCAUUCAGCUUUGCUGCAUGAUCGUACUGGUGUCAAAUCAUGGGACUCCCAUGGCUGAGGCUGUCUACAGCUGUGGUCUAAUGACGAGUGUUUGCUUCAUGGUGUGCAUCUCACUGGAAAGGUACCUGGUCAUCGUCCACCCACUGUGGUACCGGUUCAAACGAACCAUCAAGAUCUCUGUGGCGGUCUGUGCCGUGGUCUGGGCCUUCCCUGCUGUUUGUUUCCUUAUUGUCUUUCCUAGGGUUCCUGAUAAGGUUCCAUUAAUAGUACUCUCCAUUUUCCACAUCAUCCCCUUCCCACUGUUCAUCUUCUUCCUGGUCAGGUCCCUCAGAACCCUCUCUUCUUCCGUCUCGGUCCACUCUGAUGAAAAACGACAAAUAGUUGGAACUUUGGUGGUGGUGCUACUGAUUUACACGCUGCUGUUCCUGCCCACCAUCAUUAUGUUCCUGUUACUGAUGGCUGACUUUUACUCUGUUAUGUUUCACUUCAUGUCCGAUAUGUUACUUAGUCUGAGUCCUCUGGCAGACUUGCUUCUGUAUAUUUUCAUCAGAAAGCAGACCAUGGGAAACUGUCUGGCCUCUGUGUGUUGUUGCAAAAAGGAGAGCAAUGAUCCCACCACAUCAGCAGUGACUGUUGAUGAUAUUUAGACAGAAAGCUUUAAGGAGGCAGAGAGAGAGAAGAGAAAACAG